UUGAGAGAGAAGGGAGGGUGUAGAGAGAGAAAGCUAAGUAGUGUUGUGUACUAGUAGUAGACUCAAGCCAGUGCUUGAGAGAGACUGCAGGAGGGAGGGAGAUACAAAAGGAGACAUCCAUCCGGGGCCAGGCUAAGCAAAAGCUCUCUCCUUUCUUCUCUUCUCCUCCUCCGUCGCAUGAGCUCUGCGGCUUCGCGAGAUCGUCGCUGCCGCCGUCGACGGUGGUAGAGGGAGGAGGAGGAGGAGGAGGCGGCGAGGAGGGAGGUGGUGGUGGUGGUGGGGGAUUGGUUGAUCGCGGGGGAGCGAUCGAUAUGGAGGCGAGCUCGGCGGCGUCGCCGGACCUGUCGCUGCACAUAAGCCUACCGAGCAGCGCGCCGGCGACGGGGGCGGGGGGAGGAGGAGGCGGGCGGGGCGCGGCGGGGGGAGGGGACCCGUGGCGGAGGCUGGACGGGUCCACGGCGUCGACGGAGCUGUCGCUGUCGCCGCCGCCGGCGCAGCAGCAGGAGCAGGCGGGGCUAGGUGGGGGAGGAGGAGGAGGGGGAGCGGACGCGCUGCCGUGGCGGCAGCAUCGGCCUUCGCCGGCGGUGGCGACGACGUCUGCCGCGGCGGCGCUGAUGGCGGCCGCGGGCGCGCCGAUGAUGCUGCAGCCGCUCGACGCGGGCGUCGGUGGCGUAUCGGUUCCGCCGCCGAUCCGCGGGAUACCUAUCUACAACGGCCCGGGGGGCUUCCCUUUCCUGCAGCCGACGACGGCCGGCGGCGGCGGCGACAGCCACCACCCGAAGCUGGGGUUCUACAGCUCGUACCACCACCCGGCCACGUGGCCCUCCUCCCUGGGCUCCACGUCGCCGUCCCCGCUCGCGCCGCCGCCCGCCCCGUCGCUCGACCCCACGGCGGCGUUCCUCUCCUCGCCCGCCGCCGCGCACCACCACCGGAUGCUCUCCGCCGCCUCCGGCAGGCUCAACGGCAUGCUCUCCGACACCCUCCGAGGCUACGGCGGCGCCCCCGGCGGCCUCGGCGCGCACCACCACCACCACCACCUCCACGGCGUCCAGCCCUUCGGCCUCGCCUCCCGCUUCAUGCCCAAGCUACCCGCCAAGCGCAGCAUGCGCGCCCCCCGCAUGCGGUGGACGAGCACCCUCCACGCCCGCUUCGUCCACGCCGUCGAGCUCCUCGGCGGCCACGAGAGGGCGACGCCCAAGUCGGUGCUGGAGCUCAUGGACGUGAAGGAUCUGACGCUAGCGCAUGUCAAGAGCCACCUCCAGAUGUAUCGCACCGUGAAGAGCACUGACAAGCCUGCAGCCUCAUCAGGCCCGGCGGACGGCGGCGGCUCCGGCGACGAGGACUUCACCGGCGGCGGGCAGGCGGCGUCGGGCGGCGACAGCAUGUGCGGCAUGAGGGGGUCGGCGGCGCCGUUCGCGGAACACCGGUCGGCGUCGGAGGGCGCCGCCAGCUCCGUCGGCGGCGGCGACAUGGACCAGUCGUCGGCCGGCAACACCAGCACCACCAGGUGGAGCAACUCCUCGAGGGACCCAUGGCUGUCGUCCAAUUCUUGCAACAUGGACGCACAUCGCUCCGUAGGAUUGUCUUCUCCGAUUGAGAACUUGGAGCCGUGCAGAUCGAGCAGCUCGCAGGUGUCCAACCAUGAGCUGAGCAGCCCGAGCCUUGAGUUCACCCUAGGGAGGCCGGACUGGCACGGCGCCGACCAUGACUAGCAAUGGCGAUCACAGAGAGGCUAAUCAGAAAUUUUUCUUCUUCCUCUCCUGAGAUGUGAAAUAUAUAAUGUAUACACCAACCCGGUGCUGAUCAUCUUUCGCCAACCCCAGCCAGCCAGUUCGUCUGAAGCUUGUCAUGGCGAAGAAUGAUCAGCAGCAAUGGCUGAUCCAUCGGUCACGUUGCGAUCGAUCGGAGAAGAGAGAGAUAUAUUUCGCACCCCAGUGUCAUAAUUUGGGUUUCUUGAUUCCUUUUCUUCCCCCUUUAGUUUUGUUUUCCCUUCUGCUGCUUCGCCGUGCCUGCCGAGAUCAAUAUUUUACAGUGUAGUAGUGCAGUGAGGUAGCUAGCUAGGAUAUCUGAGACGACGACGCAUUGAGAUGGAGGCUCUGGGAGAGUGAGUGUGAGUGAGUGAGUGACUGAUAGGCAGCUGAGAGAGUGUGUGAGUUUGGUGAUGAGUUGGUUGUGUUUGUCAGUGUGUGUCAUUAGCACAUGGAAAGUUGGAAAGGAGAAAGGAAAGAAAAGGGAAUUGAGUUGAGA